UCUACUACACUUAAACGCUGACUAAAAUAACAUGUUCAUAAAGUACACAGCUAUAACAUCUGAUCUCCCACAGUAAAGCUCAUAAAAUGGCUCUUAUACGUCUCCCAUCAUAUCCCCUGCCUACUCUUCAUAACGCCCCACUAGCCCUUCCCAAGGGCACCCCCUACAUGAAAACAAGGUCCCAUGACAUAUCCCCAGUCCCACCCACCAAGAGACCCCAACGGAACUUAACGACCCCAAAAGCCCUAUUUGGGUGGGGCAAUCCAAAAAACGAGGAGCCCUUAUCCUACACUACAUACCAUGACACCAUAGACAUCCCAUUUCCACCAUCUCUGCUGGCAACCACCUUCUUAGCAGGAAAGGAGCUGAAGUGCUGUUACAGAGCCUCUGAAGAUGGGUUCAGUGCCAAGUCAUUCCACAAGUACUGUGACUUCAAGGGUCCCUGUGUCAUUGUGGGAUAUACCGAAGAAGGCCAGAGGUUUGGAGGCUUCAGUCCAGAGGGUUACAGGAGCACAGAUGAUUACUAUGAUAGCUUUGAUGCAUUUUUGUUCUACUGGCCCCAAGACAGUGAUGAUCCAGAGGUGCUUUUGAAAGUGGGGGGAAGUGGGGCUGCUCUUUUUGACUAUGCAAGAGGAGGGCCUCAGUUUGGGGCAGAUGGGUUACUGCUAGGACCUCCAAUGGCUCCUGUCAUGGGAGGGUUUGCAGGCCCUGACACAAAUUCUGGAGUUGGGGAUCUCAGAUUAGUGGAAACAUGCUCUACUCCAGAGGACAUCAGACCACGUUGCUUUUGUCAAUGUGUGAAUGACAUCCCUCCCAGAUUUUUGCAGCCCACCAACCCACAUCAACAUUUGCGGAUAACCUCAGCAGAAUCAGGUUUCAUUUCACAAUGCACAGCUUCAAAUAGCUACUCUCCUGCGUAUCUUCGCAUGCGUACUUGGUGUGUGUUGGCCAAAGACUUGCGAGGUAAACAGGGAAGACUUCCUCAUGUUGGAGGGGAAAAUGCUGACCUGAGAGCACAAUUAGCCUCCUUUGAAUUUCCUGUUUCACAAAGAAGUUCUCCUGCUGUGAUAGUUGGGGAGUGGUACUGUCCCUUCAUCUUCAUCAAUGAAGUGGGUACUCCAUUGAAGAGUCCCAAGAACCAGCUCAUGAAGUGUCCCUUCUACAAGAUGGAUCUAGAGAAGUUUUGGGAAGAGAUAUAUUCUACUCAAGGUAGGAUUGGAGAGAAAAAUGAUGUUGUGGUGGACAAAAUUCUCAAUGUGGAAGAAGCACUACUGUUUGGGAAGGAGGCAAUUGAGGAAAUUACAUAUGAUGAUGGGAGUGUUUUGUUUAGAGGUGUAGGGAAUCAGGAGGGGAAAACUACUGGUGUGAAACUUAGCUGGCCCAUCAUUGCUAGAAUGAGAGAGGAUCAAGGCAGACAUGGAUCAGACCAAGGAGGAAAAGAUGUAAGAGUGGAGAAGUCAUUCAGUGGCAUUGGGAAGGUAGGAAAAUUUGCAUGUUAUGUUGUAGUGGAAAGAUACGUACUGAAAAGAAUGGAUGGGAGCAUUGCUCUUACUUAUUCAUUUAGAAAUUGCAACCAAAUACAGGGUAAGUGGGAAGAAAACCCAAAUCCAGCGUAAGAUGAAACAAAAGAGUUUUUUAUAUUUUGUAGUUAUCUGUGGAGAGAGAGGAAGAGAUGUAAGAGUGGAAAAGUCAUUCAGUGGCAUUGGGAUGGCAGGGAAAUUUGCAGAGUAUUGCACUUAUUUAUUCAGAUUUGCAGGGGAAGUGAGAAGAAAAACUAAAUCUAGUUCAGGUGUGAAGCUUAAUUGUUUUUGUAUUUUCUAUUUAUUUGUGGAGAGAUACAUUUUAUUUUACUUGAAAGAUAUAAGACAUUUUAUCAAUCUUAAACCAGCUUUACAUGGGAGAUAUCUUCCUAAAAUAGGCCAACACAUUACCAUCUGACUGAGUCUUUGCCCCUACAGGUCAUCCUUGUUUCUACUCCAGCAUUUGCAUUUUAUAAGAAAUGCCCACUCUUGCCUUGAUUAUCUUUAACCCUAGACAAGGAAGUCAUUAUGAAAUGUUGCUGGCAUCUUGAUUCAUUUUGUUUGAGGUUGUAUAUAUGAACUAUUUUGAAGUACAAUAGUUUGAUUCUUUUUUAUCAGUGAAAUGCAAGGAUUCUUCACUUUCUUUCUUUAA